AUGGAGUCCACAGCUGCAGAGAGUAAGAAGGAAGGAGAUAGAGACGUCAUUCUCAACGGCGAGUGUUCGACGUCUCUACAUGGGAAAGAGGAAAUUAACAAUCCUGAACAGCCGCAGAAAUUAUGCAGUGCAAAGAAAUUUACAGAUCUCAACGGCCUAAUGAUCCACACUCAAUCAUGCCCAAGUACAUCAACGAAUGAAAAUCAUGUAACCUCUGGUCAUAGUGAUCCGAUAGGAUAUGACCCGUCAACUUCAGAGAAGAAGAACUCCGCGGAACAUGCCGGACCUGGAGAUCCUUGUGAAAAAAGUACAAAUUUAACUUAUGUUAGUUACGAGUCUGAACUUCAAAUGGAGGCAAUUAUGGCUCUUAUAACAAAGGACCUUUCGGAGCCGUAUUCAAUCUACACAUAUCGUUAUUUCAUACAUAACUGGCCAAACCUCUGUUUUUUGGCAAUGGACGGUGACAACUGCGUUGGUGCCAUUGUGUGCAAGCUUGACAUGCACAAGAACAUGGUACGAAGAGGGUACAUUGCUAUGUUAGCUGUUGAGAAGGAAUAUAGACGGCAGAAAAUAGGUUCAAAUCUUGUGGUAAGAGCAAUCAAGGCAAUGCAAGAAGAUAGCUGUGAUGAAGUUGUACUUGAGACAGAGGUAACCAACACAGCAGCUCUGCGACUCUAUGAGAACCUGGGAUUUGUCCGUGACAAAAGGUUGUUUAGGUAUUAUCUUAAUGGUGUUGAUGCACUGAGACUGAAGUUGUGGCUAAGAUGAGGCAGAUAUUUUGAAUUUUUUACUGUUCUAAUUUUUUUUCUUUUUUUGUUUUGGAUCUUGUAUUCAGUGAAAGUCUGUCUGUUUUGUAAGUAAAAUGUCAGGCUAACAGCCAUGUAAAAAGUAAAUUAAUGGCAGUAAGUUUGGAAGAUUCCAGUUGAAAUAAUUUGUGAAAUGUUCCUACUGAAAUAAACAUCAAUGAAAUGCUAUUAUUUUAUUUAUUUUUGUUUUAAUAUUAACUCUUUUUGUACAAUGCAGAGAACAGUGAACUCUAAAUAUUUUUAGGAACAUUAUUUGUUGUGACCAAUCACAUUGGGAAACAGCAAAAAUGUAGAAAUUACAAAAUAACUACAUUAUUUGCUCAACUCUUCCACUCCCAAGAUUUUAUUAGUAAUUCUCCCUACUGUCUGCCAUAAAAUUCUUACAAUGUUUUUGGAGAAUUUGAUGUUGGAUCAACUAGUAAUCCCUUAACUGAUAUGUUUUUUUUUAUUCUUGUCACUUGUAUACUUGAUAUUGUAUUGAUAUUGUAAGGAGAAAUUCUGUGUGAGUCACUCAUAGGAGUUAUAGACUUAAAGUUUUGGUUAUUCACAUCUAAUUGGUUUCUUCAUGGACACACGUAUUCUUGAUGUUUAUUGUUUCCUGAGUUUGACUGUUAAAUUUGACUUUAUCUACCUUUAAAUCGAAAGUUUAAAAUUGAUAACAAAUGCCUCUUGUAGUUUCAAUAAUUCUUAAUACCAUAACUCCCAGAAGUGAUUAACUUGUAACUUCUCCCCAUAAUAUCUGUUCAUUAUCCAGUAAACAAGUAACUUAUCAGGUAGAAGUUAUCUAGCACCAAAUUCUCAUAACUAAUUUAUAUGAAAAUCUGUUGCUGCCAGAGGAGAGAAUUAACAAUUAUCAGAUAUUGGGAGUUGAUCUUUUCACUCUAGUGGUAAAUGAAUAUGAUGUUGGGAAUAGCUGUGAUGGACUGUCAUUUUACCACAGCUCCUUGAAAUAUGUUGGACUUCAAUAAUGGGAUAUAAUGAAAAUCAUCUUGAAAUGUGGAACCCUAACAAUUUUUCUUGAGCAUAAUUUCUCGCAACUGUGAAAAAGUUAUUAUUUUCCAGGUGAGAAUUCUAAGAGGCCAGUUGUUCUGAGUCACAAAGUUACUUUUAAUACCAAUAACAUGAAAAUUAUGAUUUUUUUUUUCAUGCCAAAUAUAACACAGCACCAAAUGUAAUAAGAACAGAGGUUUCUUCUGGUCAAAAUGAAAAGCUGAUUUUUGA